UGUCUGUCCGUCAUCCUGGUCUUUAGCUACCUUUGACCUGGGGAUUACAACCUCAUCCAUCCAAUACCUAACAUCAUAAUUCAUGCACCACAACAGAUUCCUCUCCCAACAAAAAAAAAAAAAAUGCAAGAAAAUUUGUUUCUCUCUACUUUCCCACAACAUGCACCCCACGUUCUAAGAAACCCAGCUAAACAUUGGAAAAAAUAGCACAACCCAUCAAACAAUCAGCUCCACACUUUCUCUCGAUCUCCUAAAAAAGAUUUUCAUUCCUCAUUUUCCUUCUCUCUCUAGAUCUCUUGCACCACAAGCAACGAUCGAAAGUUUAGUUUUUUCUGAGACCUCAUGUUUUGUUGGUUCUUCCUUGUUAAUCUUCCGUAGCUAGGAGAGCUUCUCCUUCUCCUUCUUCAUUUGGACAUGGUGGAGCAGGAAGGUUACAUGUCGAAGCUUUUCAAUUUUAAAGGGAGGCAUAAAAAGAGUGUGAGCGUUGAGAGUGGAAGCAUCUUGGAAUCUUCAAAAGAGGAAGAUCCAUUGUCUUCAAGAAGUCAAGGAUCAAACGCUCUGAAUGACGAGUCUGCUUCUGAUCAAAAUGGAGGUCCUGAUAAGUCAAGCUCAACCAUUGAAGAAGCAGCAGCAGUUAAAGAAGCUAAAGAGAAACUACACCAAGAAAUGGAACAGAUGAAGGAGAGAUUUGCAAAACUGCUACUGGGCGAGGAUAUGUCUGGUAAAGGAACGGGUGUUUCCUCUGCUUUGGCUCUGUCUAAUGCAUUCACAAAUCUUGCUGCUGCUGUGUUUGGUGAACAAAAACGACUAGAGCCAAUGCCACCGGAGAGAAAAGCAAGAUGGAGAAAAGAAAUUGAUUGGCUUCUUUCAGUUACUGAUUACAUCGUGGAAAUGGUUCCAUCACAUCAAAUAAAUGAGGAUGGCUCCCACAUGGAGAUUAUGACGACAAGACAAAGAGUUGAUCUCCUCAUGAACGUACCUGCAUUGAGAAAGCUUGAUGCUAUGCUUAUUGAUUGCCUGGACAACUUCGAAGGCCAAAGUGAGUUUUAUUAUGUAUCAAAAGAUUCAGACGACAAUGAAAAGAGAAAAGGUGAUGAUAAGUGGUGGUUGCCCGUACCUAAGGUUCCCCCAGAAGGUCUAUCUGAAAACUCGAGAAAAUUUCUGCAGCAUCAGAAAGAUUCUGUCAAUCAAGUGCUUAAAGCAGCCAUGGCCAUAAAUGCUCAAGUCAUAACAGAAAUGGAGAUCCCUGAAAAUUACAUUGAAUCCCUCCCAAAGAAUGGGAGAGCUAGUCUGGGGGAUUCAAACUACAGAAGCAUUACAGUAGAAUAUUUUGAUCCUGAUCAGUUUCUGGUAACCAUGGACCUGUCAUCAGAGCAUAAAAUCUUAGACCUCAAGAACAGAAUAGAGGCGUCUAUAGUGAUUUGGAAGAGGAAAAUGAACCAGAAGGAUGGGAAAUCAGCCUGGGGUUCAGCUGUGAGUUUGGAAAAAAGGGAACUUUUUGAAGAGAGAGCAGAAACCAUCUUGCUUCUCUUGAAGCAGCGUUUCCCUGGCCUUCCUCAAUCUUCUCUAGAUAUCAGCAAAAUCCAGUACAACAGGGAUGUAGGGCAAGCAGUUCUUGAGAGCUAUUCAAGAAUACUAGAAAGUUUGGCAUUCACAGUUCUCUCAAGAAUAGAAGAUGUACUCCAUGCAGAUUAUCAAACUCAAAACCCAUCAAAGAAUGCUAAAAGAAGCGCUCUAAGGGGCGUUCCAAAGUCACCAAGUCCGACUCCUUCUAAACAAGAGUCGGAUACAGGUGCGGCAGAAACACCUGUUUCAAUGACACUUUCAGAUUUCAUGGGUUGGGAAGGUGAUGCAGGUGACUCAGACAUGAAGAAGGACUCUCAGGUUGUUACAGAUGACUUGUGCAAAGACACGGAAGGAAAAAUGCAAAAACUUCCCAACAUAGACACCAACAAGAAGGUAUCUUACCUUGAGAACUUGGGCGGCAUGAGGAGCCCAACAUCACGCCAUUGAACAGAAAAGCAGAAGAUGAAGCUGAAGAUUGAACAUGAGAAUAGCUGAGUGAUUAUGUUUCAUCCUUGGUCUAUUCUUGACUUUUUUAGAUAGGAUGAUUAUGCAGAAUCAACCCGUUUGAACAACUGUUUGAUAUAAUGCCAUCUGUACAAUAAAUAAGGAAUUGUAGUCUAGUAGUUAUCAUAAUCUGGCUUUUUGAUAACUUCAGAUAUCAGUC